GCGGCCUCGGCGGAGAGCAGCGGGCGAGGCGCUCAGGCCGGCGAGGCCGGCGGCCGGGCGUGCGGCCUGCGAGGCGGCGGGGCGUCGCCGGCGUCCUGUCAGGCGGCCGAGGCCGCCACCGCGGACCGCGCCACGAUGAUGCCGAUGAUCCUCACCGUGUUCCUGAGCAACAAUGAGCAGGUUCUCACCGAGGUCCCCAUAACCCCAGAAACCACAUGUCGGGACGUGGUGGAGUUCUGCAAGGAGCCUGGGGAAGGUGGCUGCCACCUGGCCGAGGUGUGGCGGGGCAACGAACGUGCCAUCCCGUUCGACCACCUGAUGUGUGACCACCUGCACAAGUGGGGGCCGCGCAGGGAAGAGGUGAAGUUCUUCCUCCGCCACGAAGACUCCCCCGCUGAGAGCACCGAGCAAGGUGGCCGCCAGGCUCAGGAGCAGAGGGCUCAGAGGAGCGUCAUGACUGUCCCUGGGGAAAAGCGCCCUGAAAAUGGGGCUGGAAAUGCACGUGUUGAGCUCACCCUCUCGGAACUCCAGGACAUGGCGGCCAGGCAGCAGCAGCAAAUUGAGAACCAGCAGCAAAUGCUGGUGGCCAAGGAGCAGCGGCUGCAUUUUCUGAAGCAGCAGGAACGCCGCCAGCAGCAGGCUCUGUCUGAAAAUGAAAAGCUGCAGAAGCUCAAAGAGCGAGUUGAAGCCCAGGAGAACAAGCUCAAGAAAAUCCGAGCCAUGCGUGGGCAGGUGGACUACAGCAAGCUCAUGAACGGCAACCUGUCUGCUGAGAUUGAGCGGUUUAGUGCCAUGUUCCAGGAGAAGAAGCAGGAAGUGCAGACAGCAAUUCUGAGGGUUGACCAGCUCAGUCAGCAGCUGGAAGACUUGAAGAAAGGCCGACUGAACGGCUUCCAGUCGCACAACGGCAAGCUGCCGGCCCCGGCCGCGGUGGAGCUGAAGAGGUUGUACCAGGAGCUGCAGAUCCGAAACCAGCUGAACCAGGAGCAGAACUCCAAGUUGCAGCAGCAGAAGGAGCUGCUGAGCAAGCGCACGGCGGAGGUGGCCAUGAUGGACCGGCGCAUUGGCGAGCUGCGGGAGCGCCUCUAUGGGAAGAAGGUCCAGCUCAACCGUGUGAAUGGCACAUCAUCGCCACAGUCACCCCUGAGCACAUCUGGCAGGGUCGCUGCUGUAGGGCCCUACAUCCAGGUCCCCAGUGCUGGGAGCUGCCCUGUGCCUGGGGACCCGGUCAAACCCCAGUCCCUCCCUGUGGCCGCCACUGCUGCCCACGGGCGGCCCAAGCCCGCUCAUGAGGGAAACUGGCCGACCCUGAAGCAGAACGCUGGCUCUACAGGGAAACCAGCCCCGAUGGCCGGUGUAGAUUGGAAGGACCCAGGUGUGGAGGGCGCUCCAAAGCAGGGCACCAUUUCCAGCCAGCCCCUACCCCUGUCAGCGCUGGGAGCCCCUGAGAAGCUGGGCAUUGAGAUCGGCAAGGCGCCGCCUCCUGUCCCAGGCGUGGGCAGGCAGCUGCCACCCGGCUACGGGGCAUACCCUAGCCCUCCGCCCACAGCUCCAGCGCCAACAGGCUCCCUGGAGAGGAGGAAGGAGGGCAGCCUGCCCCGGGCUGGCACCAGCACUGCAGGGUGGCAGAAGCCAGUCUCGCUGCCUCCGACUGCCAGUGCACCCCUGCCGGGCUCCUCGCAGCAGAUCCAACAGAGGAUUUCUGUGCCACCCAGCCCUACAUACCCGCCCACGGCCCCGCCUGCCUUCCCAGCUGGCGACGGCAAACCCGAGCUGCCCCUGACUGUGGCCAUCAGGCCUUUCCUGGCCGAUAAGGGGUCGAGGCCACAGUCGCCCAGGAAGGGCCCCCAGACUGUGAACUCCAGCUCCAUCUAUUCCGUGUACCUCCAGCAGGCCACGCCCCCCAAGAAUUAUCAGCCAGCUGCACACGGUGCCGGGAACAAAGCUGUGAAAGCAGUGUAUGGGAAGCCAGUGCUGCCGUCAGGGUCCACCUCGCCCUCCCCACUGCCAUUUCUUCACGGGCCGCCAGGCACAGGUGCACCCGGAGCACAGCCCCUGCCGCCCCCGGAGUGCGUGGAGAAGGAGCCAGAGCCAGAGGCGCCUGUGUCCGCUGGGGAGGCUGGUGCUGUGGAGAGCCUGCCGAGGCCGCUGAGCCCCACCAAGCUCACACCCAUCGUGCACUCGCCGCUGCGCUACCAGAGCGACACUGACCUGGAGGCCCUGCGCCGCAAGCUGGCCAACGCGCCCAGGCCGCUCAAGAAGCGCAGCUCCAUCACGGAGCCUGAGGGCCCCGGCGGGCCCAACAUCCAGAAGCUGCUAUACCAGCGCUUCAACACGUUGGCCGGCGGGAUGGAGGGUGCCCCGUUCUACCAGCCCAGCCCUUCGCAGGACUUCCUGGGCACCCUGGCUGAUGUGGACAACGGCAACACCAAUGCCAACGGCAACCUGGAGGAGCCCGGCCCGGCCAGGCCCACAGCCCCGCUCCCUGAGGAGCCCGCCCUGUCAUCCGAUGCCAACGACAACGAGUUACCUUCCCCGGAGCCCGAGGGGCUCAUCUGCCCCCCAGCCAUCCCCCCGACGGCAGAGCCGGCUGAGGAUGACAACAACAACGUGGCCACAGCCCCCUCCAUAGAGCGGGCCCCCAGCCCUGUGACCGAGGCCCUGUUCCCAGCUGAAGAGCAAGCGCCCGUCCCCCCUCAGCCCCCCGUCGUCCACCCGCCUGCAGCCUCCACGGGCAAGCGGACCAACCUGAAGAAGCCCAACUCGGAGCGCACUGGCCACGGGCUGCGUGUGCGCUUCAACCCCCUGGCCCUGCUCCUGGACGCGUCCCUGGAAGGGGAGUUCGACCUGGUUCAGAGGGUCAUCUAUGAGGUGGAGGACCCCAGCAAGCCCAACGACGAAGGCAUCACCCCGCUACACAAUGCUGUCUGUGCAGGCCACCACCACAUCGUCAAGUUCCUGCUGGACUUCGGGGUCAACGUCAAUGCCGCUGACAGCGAUGGCUGGACCCCGCUGCACUGCGCCGCGUCCUGUAACAGUGUGCGCCUGUGCACGCAGCUGGUGGAGAGCGGCGCGGCCAUCUUCGCGUCCACCAUCAGCGACGUGGAGACGGCAGCAGACAAGUGCGAGGAGAUGGAGGAGGGCUACCUGCAGUGCUCCCAGUUCCUCUACGGUGUUCAGGAGAAGCUGGGCGUGAUGAACAGGGGUGCAGUCUACGCCCUGUGGGACUACGAGGCCCAGAAUAGCGACGAGCUGUCCUUUCACGAAGGGGACGCCCUCACCAUCCUGAGGCGCAAGGACGAGAGUGAGACCGAGUGGUGGUGGGCUCGCUUCGGGGACCGGGAGGGCUACGUGCCCAAGAACCUGCUGGGGCUGUAUCCGCGCAUCAAGCCCCGGCAGCGGACGCUAGCCUGAAGCCUGCUGGAGGGCACAGCAGGGUCGCCAGCGAGGGCGGCAUCCACUCUGCCACUAGCUGCUGGUGAGGCCUG